AUGUUAACAUUGCCACCUGAUGUAUGGCUUAAUGCAAGCAUUACGGCACUAACAAUUGAAUUGCAUGUAGAUCAUAUUCAAGCUCGCUUAAAUGUUGAUGCUCGAAUUCCUGGUGUUAAUGCUCAAGUUCAGUUGGCUGUAGAAUUAGAUAAAAUUGUUGAUAUUGUCAAUCGAACACUUCAAUCAGUCGAUCUUAAUCCUCUUCUAGCAAGAGCAAUCAAAGGUGUUAAAAAUACAACAAACCAACUCCUUUAA